AUGCCUUUGGUGGUCAUGAUACUGUCCAAGAUUGAAAAGUCCCAGCAGCUGUUCAAUGAACAUGAGCUGCUGGGUCUAGCAAUCAGAGUUGAAGCUCAAAAGAACUCUAGACUUAUUGGGCAGUGUCACCGCUGCCAAAGCUAUGGUCAUGCGCAGUCUUACUGCACAGCACCUCCCAAAUGUUUAAAAUGUGCUUCCGACCACAUGACAUAUUUAUGCCCCCUUACAGGACAAGAGGAGCGAAAGUGCGAACUGUGGAGGGGCGCAUCCCGCUAA